AAAAAUCAGUUAGAAUGGUCAAGGCUGUUGUCCUCGGAGCUGCUGGUGGAAUUGGCCAACCUUUGGCAUUACUCCUGAAGGCCAACCCACUCAUUACGGAGCUCGGCCUCUAUGAUAUUGUUAACACCCCGGGAGUUGCUGCAGAUCUUUCUCACAUCUCGACCCCUGCUAAAGUCGAGGGUUACUUGCCUGCUGAUGAUGGUCUCAAGAAGACACUGACUGGUGCUGACAUUGUCGUGAUCCCCGCUGGUGUUCCGAGGAAGCCUGGUAUGACAAGAGACGACUUGUUCAAGAUCAACGCUGGAAUCGUCAGAGAUCUUGCAACUGGGAUCGCCGCUACUGCUCCCAAGGCAUUCGUCCUUGUGAUCUCCAACCCAGUUAACUCGACUGUUCCUAUUGUCGCAGAGGUGUUCAAGAAGGCUGGUGUUUACGAUCCCAAGCGUCUCUUUGGUGUUACUACUUUGGAUGUUGUUCGCUCGUCAACUUUUGUCGCCGAGAAAAUCGGAGAUCUUUCUUUGUCCAAGGAUGUUGUUGUACCAGUCGUUGGCGGUCACAGCGGUGUCACUAUCGUUCCCCUUCUCUCGCAAUCCUCGCACCCACUGCCCGCCAGCGUCGACACUGCCUCUCUCGACGCUCUUGUGAACCGCAUCCAGUUCGGCGGUGAUGAAGUCGUCAAAGCCAAGGGUGGAGCAGGGUCUGCCACUUUGUCAAUGGCUUACGCUGGUGCCGAGUUCGCUUCCAAAAUUCUGCGUGCGGUCAAGGGCGAGGAGGGCAUCGUCGCUCCCAGCUAUGUCAGUCUGGAGGCCGACCCCGUUGGUGCUGCUGCUUUAACCAAGGAGCUCGGCGCUGAACUCGCGUACUUCUCCUCAAAUAUCGAGCUCGGCCCUCAAGGUGUCGUCAAGAUUAACCCUCUUGGAAAGAUCACCGAGGCCGAACAAACCCUCAUCAAGGCUGCUAUUCCUGAACUCCAGAAGAACAUUACAACUGGUGUUACCUUCAUCACUGAGGCUAAGGUUGACGAGCCAAGACUGUAGAGUGAUUGACAGAAAGGUCAACAGCUCCGUGUAGGAUUCCUGUCAUAGAAAUAAAUAUUUGUAACCUGUAAGAAACAUAACUAGACGAUGGUACGAAGCGUACUUAACGAGAG